AGUUACUGAACCUGGCAACCUCAUAGCUCACACAGACCACAACUCUAAACAAGCGGAGCACCUUCUGCGGUCAGCUAACGCUAAGCUAACCAACUGUCUUCUCUCAGUCAUUCAAUUCAUCUGGGUCAGCCAGUCCAUUUAAAUUGCUCCCUUAUAACCAAAAUACAGACAAUGACCUGACGAAUGGACCGCUGCAGUCUCUGCUCAAUCAGAGGGCCACGACAGGAGGUAGAUCAUGAAUGACAAACUAGUCUUCUUGGGACUGCUGUACUUUGUCCAGGGCAUCCCCUACGGUCUCCAGUCCUCCCUGCUUCCUGUCUACCUGCGUGGAGCUGGUCAUUCCCUCACCCGCAUCGGCUUCACCAAGAUCCUCUACUUCCCCUGGGUCCUCAAGGUGCUCUGGGCUCCUUUGGUGGACCGGAUCGGCACUAAGCGUCGCUGGCUGGUGGGGACAGUGUCUGGGCUGGCACUGACAUGUCUCUCCAGUGCUGCACUGGCCCCAGAGGCGCACAUCUGGGGAGUAGCAGGAACUCUGUUGGCCAUGAACACCCUAGCCUCUGUCCAGGAUAUUGCUGUAGACGGGGCAGCUGUGGGGUUGUUGAAAGGUCGUGGAGAGCUGGGGCUGGGCAACACAGCCCAAGUUGUAGGCUAUAAAGCUGGGUCGGUGUUCGCUGGAGGCGGGCUGUUGGCUGUGAUCGACGUGGCUGGAUGGAGCUGGAUGUUCAUGCUGCUGACGUUUGUGUACGCAGGCGUAGCUCUGUUUGUGUGGGGGGCCCCUGUGCUAGAUGAUGAGACUGUGAGGGGCCAGCAGGCAGAUGGCAGCAGAAGGGGAGGGCAGGGAGCUGAUGCAAUGAGGCCAUGGAGGGUGUGGAGAAAACUGCUGGCAGUGCCCGGCACCCCUUGGACAGUCCUGUAUGUGCUCACAUACAAACUGGGUGAGCAGGGUGCAGUGACCAUGUUUCCUCUUUUCCUGUUGGAUCACCACAUGACCGCCAGAGAGCUCGGCUUCUGGAACGGCGUUAUCGCCAUGGGUUUCUCCAUCUGCGGUUCGUCCCUGGGAGGCCUGCUGCUCGCUCAGUUCAGCAUCGGGGCUCUGAUGCGACGUGUGUUUGUGCUGCGAACUGUCAGCAUGGUCUUCCAGAGCUCUCUACUCACUGUGCUGGAACCAUCACCACUCAUGAAAGGUAUGGCUGUCCUUAGCAUGAGUGUUCAACACUUUCUGGGUGGUCUCAUCACCACACUCACCUUCACUACCAUGAUGCAUUGCACUCAGAGGGCUGAGGAAAGCAUUCAGGCAACCCACUACAGUUUCCUGGCAACUCUGGAGGUGCUGGGGAAGCUGACGUUCAGCGCUCUGGCCGGAGGCUUGGUGGAUUGGUUCGGGUUCCAAGUUGCCUUCCUCCUCUUCCUCACCCUCUCCGCUGGGACGGCCCUGCAUGUGUGGACGGCUACCUUCACUGGUGCUCUCAGGGAACACCAGCUCAAAGAACAGCCCAAAUGAGAUCAAGAUCGGCGUUGUUGAGGUCUUGAUAAUUUGCGUCUGCAGGUGCUGAAAAAAAUGUUGAAACGACACCUCAAAUGUCUGUGAAUAAUAAAUAUGAGCCUCAUAACUUCAUUUCAGUUUAGAAGGUCUUAAAGUAAGUUCAGUUUCCUGUUUUGCCAUAUUUUAAGGAGAAAUCAGCCAUGUGAUUAAGUGCUCUGAUGUUACAGAGUGUGUUUGGUUUUUUUUUUUUUGUCAUUUCACUGGCAAAACUGGCCUUACAUUUUAUUUGUUAAACAUUUGAAAUGUGUGAAAAUGUCUUAAUGUUGAAAGUAGUGCGAUGAAACUUGCAGAUACUAUGCAGGUAGAGAUGAGCUCGCUGAGUUUUCUUGACAGGGUGGGAUAAUUUAAUCUAUGUGAUGAAUUUAGUGUGUUGGGCAGUGGCAUACAGACAUACUAUACACCACUGUGCUGAAAGUUUAGAAGUACUUUGGGAAAUAAAGUCAAAGCUACGUUUAUCAUCUGAGCCAUUUAAAUGUUUUAAUAAGCCAGCAAUAAGAGCUCUAGCCAAAAGCAAUAUUGCUACCCUGUGAUGCUUGUCCUAUCAUAUUGUACUGUAUAUGAAUAUGUUAGUCAUUCUCUUGAGUUGUAUGGUUUACAGUUAUAAAUGAAUGAAUCUCUACUACCUCGUAUCAGCAUUGUAUGGUACGAUACGCAGGUGAAUGUACAGUAGCCGCAACUAGAGUAUACUGUACACUCAUUCACAUAAACAGCACUUCCACUAUGUCACAGAAGCCACAGCAGUUAUCCAAAGUAGGUUAUUCUGUCCAUUUAUGAAUUGUAAUUACUUCCUGUUUUUCAGAGUAAAUCUCCCUCAUAGGUUAGAAUUAAAUAAAGCUCAACCUGGACAGUUAGCUUACUUCCUGUAGGAAACUUCAGCCUUACACACUGCAUGGUGCCAUCUCAUUGUCAUUUUUGAAUUAAAAAAAACAAAACAAAGUCUUAUCAAUAAACUCUGAAAAUAAGCCUGUUCUUUAUUAAACUUGAAAGACCAAUGCCACAGGCAAUAUUCUGCAAAUAUUGUUUCACUUUUGUGUUUUAAGUUUUAAGAAAUGCACAAUAAAUACGUACUAUAAAAUAUACUGUAACUUUCCAUGAUAUUGUAUUCUACAGAAGAUAAUGCUCUCCAGGCUUGAAUAUGACUGAAACAGCAGCGUAGAAUGUUUUUCUCGUCAAGCUCUAUGAGAAUAAAACAUAAUCCUCCGUGUAGAUGGAUGCAUUAAUGGAAACAGUCUUAGAAUUGAUAACUGUGUUGACAGGAGACAGAUAAGAGAGGGCUGGAUUGGUUUAGAUACAUGCAGUAUUCUCAGCAAAUUUAGCAAAAUUAUUAUUACAGCUGAUCACCUGCUUUCACCCACAUAAUAAAUAAAGGGAUUUCAUACCACAGCAUUACUGGUUCAUCCAUAUAGCCAGCAGUCUCUGUCAUGCACUGACAUGUAGAACACUUGUUGCAAAGCACAUCUCUUGUCUCUCAGCUACUGUGUUACCUGAGAUUUGCACAAAAAAAUAAAGCUGCUGACAGAA